UGUAGUUUGGCUCAUCCAAAUCUGCGGUGGCUUUCUUUAAAGAAGCUUCAGGGCUUUUGAGUUAUUUCUGAGUGGACCAGUGAUAGAGAACAGCAAAAUGCGGUGUUCGUAAUUCGUACUCUAGUUUUGUUCUCAAAGGAUGCACGAAUGGUUUGGUUUAAUUGCUUUACCUUAAAUUUCAUCUGACUCUUUUUUCCUUGUUUUUGUUAAAUGGGAAAAUUACGAUUAUUAUUAUAUUUUUUUUUUCAUUUUUUUUGUAGAGUGGAGAGCCAAGGCGGCAUAUAGGGCAUUUGAGGAGGACGAAGCGAAGAGACGGUAGAGGACGCGUACGGAGGUGGUAGUGCGGGGAAAGAUGUUCAACGCUACGCACCCACAUUUUGUAACUGGGAAUUUCACCCCGCAGAAUGUGUUUCUCGGCGAUCAGGAGUAUGGGCUGGCGCUUGAUUGCUUGGUGAAAGCUUGCACGGAUCUGCUUAUACUUGACUCCGACGAUUCUGACUGCAAAGUGCUCUUGGGCAAGCGCAUCGUGGAGCCCCAGCCAGAUUGGUGGUAUGUGGGCGGAAGAAUGAAGCCGGGCGAGAACCCGGAGCAAUCUAUCGCGAGAUUGGUAAAGCGGGAACUGCACCUCCUCGUAGAACCCAGCCGCUUCCGGCCAUUGGGAACUCACUCAUAUGCCUGGGCAAGAAGACAGCAAGCUCCCAUGGAUAAUGGCACCUGCGACAUCUCAGUCGUUUUAACGCUUGUUCUUCUCCCUGGGGAAGCCGAUCGUAUUCAUAUGGACGUGAAAGAGUACGCAGAAUUUAGAUGGUUUUCGAUUUCAGAGAUAAUUGCCAGCGAGAGCUUUCAUCCUGCACUUCAGGCUUCCGCACGAGAUAUUCGGCGGCGACAAUGCUGGCAAAAGCUUGUGGGUGAAGUUCAAAGUGGAUGCAGCGCAGUAUCUAUUGCAGAAACUGCGAAACAACUUGUGGCAUUAAGGAACAGCAGUAACUGAGGUGUAGCUGUCGACCCAGGUCAAUGUCAUUUUGCGAUCUAGUUAAAGUGUAGACUCAUCGGCAAAUAUGAUGUACCAGUAAUUUGGUGGGCAUAAUCCGCUCUAUCAUCAUGUGCGCUUGUGCUUGUUUGAGCUUUCCACUUUCUACGCUCAGAGUGCAGCGUAACAGUAAGCACAGCUUGUGGCGUGCCAUUAUUAAUUGUGAUAAUUUGGACUCCUAUUAGUAUAGAUUUGUAAAAGAUGGGAGUUAACUGACUACUAGUUAUGGCACUAAGUGAGAAUUGUCUGGUGCGCUGACUAGUUUGUAAGCAUUUCACAACUGGUAUUGAACAGAGGUCGAAGUUUAUCCUGUUU